GAGGAGGAGCCGCGCUGCCGACCCGGGGAGGAGGAGGAGGAGGAGGCUCUCAGGCGCCCGCGGCCGGCUCUUCUUUCCCUCCCCUGCUCCCCCUGGGAAGCGGCUUGCUCUCUGCUUCACUCUCUCCGUCUUGUUUUUGUUUUCCGCCCCCCCUUCCCUUCCCUCUCUUUCUUUUUUUGCUUCCCCCUUUCGCCUUUCCCCCCUUUCCCUCCCCAAACCAGCAAGGCGCCUUUUCUCUGCCCCGAGGGCAGCAGCAGCAGCAGCAGCAGCAACCAUCACAACAAUAGGGCCAGGUUGCCCCCUCGUCCUCUCCUUGAACAAGCAGAGGGACACGCUCCCCCCACCCCACCCCGUCGCCUCCUUUCCUCCCUCCACCCCCAAAACACAACUAACAGCCCCCAGAAAACCUCCCGCCAUGGAGCCAUGAACUCCGCGCGGGCAGCAGCAACAAACGCAGCAGCAGCAGCAGCAACAACAGCAGCCGCCUCUUCUUCUCCUUCUUCCCCAUCGAACAUGGAGCGAGCAGGAAACUAACACACGCACAGCACCGCAAGCAAACCAGGCAGCUUCUCUCACGCUUGGAGCCACAGUCAUGAUGCUUUAAUGGACCGGAUGCUGGCCAAUUCCAACCGGGAAUCUGACGGCUUUGCAGGGGAGGCAAAACUGCUAGAUCACUUCUGGCUUGAAACAUGGUAGGAGCUCACAGAUCUGAGGGGCAAAGAUAGCACUGAAAACCUGGGCAGCCUUGCAGAAAUGUGUCUGUGACGCUCUACUCGGAAGGGAGAUAUGGAAUACUGCAAUUUUCAGGAAGCAAAGGUAACUGUAUCCAGUUGGGUGGCAGGCAGACCCAAGGGGUACCAUGAAGUUUUCGGGAACCCUGGAAAGCCAGAGAUUGUCUCUCCUCCUGGAGAUGGCAAUCUCUAGGGAAGCUCAGAUGUGGAAAGUGCAUGUGCCCAAAAUUCAGCCCAAUCAGGAUGUAGGCAUUUCUCCAACCCAGCGGGAUGAAGUGAUUCACUGGUUGGCCAAGCUCAAGUGCCAGUUCCAGCUUUAUCCAGAAACGCUCGCCCUGGCCGUCAAUCUCUUGGACAGGUUUUUAGCGGCAGUGAAGGCCCGUCCAAAAUACCUGAACUGUAUUGCAAUCAGCUGCUUCUUCCUUGCUGCCAAAACCGUUGAGGAAGAUGAGAGGAUUCCAGUACUGAAGGUGUUGGCUAGAGACAGCUUUUGUGGCUGUUCUCCAGCCGAAAUUCGCAGGAUGGAGAAGAUUAUUCUGGAUAAACUGAACUGGGAUCUUCACACAGCAACUCCACUGGAUUUCCUUCAUAUUUUCCAUGCAAUCGCCUUGUCCACCAGGCCUCAGCUGCUGACCACCUUGCCCAAGACGAACCUCUCCCAGCACAUGGCUCUGCUCACCAAGCAGCUGCUGCAUUGCCUGGCCUGCUACCAGCUCCUUCAGUUCAAGGGCUCUAUGCUGGCGCUGGCCAUUGUCAGCUUGGAAGUGGAGAAGCGCAUUCCUGACUGGCUGGCCCUCAUCAUCGAACUGCUCCAGAAGGCACAGAUGGACAGCUCCCAGCUGAUCCACUGCCGGGAGCUUGUGGCACAGCACCUUUCCGCUCUGCAGCCUCCGCCGCCGCCCAACUCGGUGUACGUCUACAGUCCCCUGAAGCACAACCUGGUGCCCUGCCACGCGGGAGCGUUCCGAUUCCAUCCCUCCUCCGUCCCAGGCCCAGACUCCAAGGACAACCGCAAACCAGAAGUGCCAGCCAAAGGCUCCGCAGUGCUCUCCCGGCGCUGGCCAGCUCCUGGCAGGUGCAAGCCGGCGACCGCCAAGCGCAAAGUGGAAGAGAUGGAGGUGGACGACUUCUACGACGGGAUCAAGCGGCUCUACAACGAGGAGAACGCGCCCGAAGCGGCGGCCCUGGAAGGCAAGGCCGCCUCAGCCUGCAGCUCCGAUGUGUCGCGGCAGGGGGCAGCCUCCUGCCCUCCGUGGCAGCCCGUUUCGGUCAUGUAGCCGCCAGUCCGCACGGCCCCAUUGGAGCAGAGCUGCUACUUUCCUGCGUGCGCAACAUCGGGCAAUAGCUGGCCUUUUUGACCGGUAGAGUGGAGGCUGUACCUUCCAGGGCUACACGGAACGGAGCUAGAUUUUCCUUUCUAAAAAUUCCCCCCUCCCUUCUCUCCUCGUGCGGCUAAUGAUAGUUCAACUAUGAUUUAAGUACUUAAAAACGAAACAAAAAAAGUAUAAAAAGCCUUUAAAAAAAAACAACCCCAAAAACCAAGCAAAAAAAAAAAGUAGGAAAAAAUUGUUCCUUUUUAGUGUCGUCCGUUCCACUGUUUUGAAUCUGCUGUUGUGUAUUGUAACCCCGUUUUCCACUUUGGAUCACACACAGCGUGCAAAAGAUCCUUUCCAAAUUCCUCGUGACGUCACCUCUCCUUCUUCUGAGUCUGCUUCAUUUUGAGAACUCCCCUUACCCCAGUCCUUCCGGGGGCGGGUUGCGUUCUGGCCGUCUUGUGCGUGACUUCCUGUACUUUUGCACUUUUACUUGGGUGACGUUCCUUUUAUUUCCUUUGCAAGCAAAACAAGGAGGCCUCUUCCUCUUUGUCUUUCCUCAUUUUCUGUCAUUUAGCACUUUGGUGUUUAAAAUGUGAUAUUUAAAACUAGAUCUGCAUUUAAAAUUAGGGAGUUAAAACAGGCACAGGCAAAGCUCUAAUGAACAUCUGCAUCAAAUGCAGAUUUAAGAAAAAAAUGAGCUGACAUUGACAUGACGGGGAUAUGCUAGGGCAGUUCUGCCAUUCUGAGUUUUCACAAAUGAUCGACCCCAGAGUUCUCUCCCAUGCCUCUCUUCUCCCUCUCCUUUAUGCUCACGUAACUUUGUAAACUGAAGCAGGCAGGCAAAGGGUCCUCCAAGUGCUUGCUUGUCCAAAGUACGACUCUGUUUCUCAAAAUAUUCUCCCCCCACUCACCCCACCGAUUUUAAAGCUCUCUCCACAGCCCUUUGGAAGGUAUUGCAUUCAGCAGUCAUACUGCCCAAAGCCUUCUGGUAGCAAUAAUUAAAAAAAACAAAACAUGUUGUCCUUCA